AACAUUGCGCAAUACUCUGCAUUGCGGAUGCCAUCGACUUGGCGCCGUUGCCGCUUUUGAAUUAACCAGCACACCGCGUCCAUGCCCGCAUAUUUCGUUGUCACCGCUGUUCAUCGUUUUGAGAACUAAAGCGGGCCGAAAACCUGCCUGCGAGAAAGUUGACAUGGCCUGAGUACAGCAAGCAUUUACGGACUCAGUUACCCAUCCAUGGCGCCGAGGUAUUGUGUCGUGAAGAGCUGCGGCAAGAAAGAAGGCGACAAUGUUGUGUUUCACUACUUCCCAUCCGACGACGAUCAAAGGAAAGCAUGGACCGAGUUCGUGCAGGCCGUCCGAGGUACCAGUUGGAUGCCGGGAAGGCGCAGUCAGGUAUGCUCCCUGCACUUCUCGUCGGACUGUUACGUAUACAACAUGCAGUACUGCGCCGACUUCGGUCUACCGACGAGGCGAAAGUACCUGAACAAGGGUUCAGUGCCUACUUUGUACCCUGCUGGUGCAGUAUUCAUCUCUGCACCGCCAACGGGUCCAGGAACCGAGGUGCGUAAUUUUGCGACAGGCACUGCUGUUGGGAUCAUAUCCUCUGACUCCUGGAGCAGUGGGAGUUGCAUUCACAUGUGCAGUGCACCAAGCACAGGUCCACCACUGGGACCAACUCGCAAUUAUACUAUAAUGGCGAGUGUGGCUGUUGCAACUCUUCCAAUGGGGCAAGUCAGUGCAAUCACUCAGUGCUCGUUGCCGCUAACAGUGAAAUCAACACAGGCCAUGCUGAGCAAAAGGAGGAGGAAUGUCGGAGUACAAGCAGAAGUGAAAACAAAAACUCCAGGGUGCACCAAAAGGCAACCUUGACGUCAAAUGGCCGACCAUAAGUGAAUACCUGUCUUUUGGGCCUGCUGGCUUUCAAGCAUUGCAGGUUUCGCGACUGAUUAUGUACACCUUGAUGUUGUGCUCUUCAAAGAUGUUUCCCGAAUGCUCAACUACACUGCCUACAGGACCAAAUAAUUCUUGGAAAACUGAUAGGCUGAAACAUAUCACUCGGCCAUCAGAAACCAU